AUGGUCUCACCAAACUGCAUAAGUGCUGCCACUUUCGCUACUCAAAAAGCCAAAGUUGAUGAGUUAAUGAAUGUAGAUAUAACAAAAGGAGACUUAUGGUAUAUCCUGUCUCUUAAUUGGUGGACGAAGUGGGAGGAAUUUGUGGACUCGGUUUCCAAAAGUGGGAUGGUUGACGAAACCUCGGAAGAGUAUCCAGGAAAAGUUGAUAACAGUGAUAUUUUAUGUGAUGGAAAAUUAAAAGAGAACUUGCUCUUAGAAAAUGACAUCACGUUAAUACCUAGAAAUGUGUGGAAGCUGUUUGUUGAUUUUUAUGGUUGUACGCACACAGACAUUUCAGUCUUCGAACGGCGUGCCAUCCAAGCUCCCAAGUCAGCGGAAAUCGAAAUAUAUCCACCUCACUACUCAUUUUACUUAAAUCCUCCAAAUUCAAGUGCCACUUUCCUGUUUGAAGGAACAUAUUGCAAGUUUCAGACAAUAAGAGAACUUAAACUGAUAGUCGCGCAACAUCUUAAAGCAGCACCUGGCGUGAAUGUUCACUUAUCAAUACACAAUGAGCAAAAUGAGUUUGAAGAAUUAGAAGAUGAAGAUGCUACCAUAGAAGAAGCUAACCUGGAGCGUGAAAAAGUUAUUUUUGUUCAUCUGGAACCUAGAAAUGGAAUACGCAGUGACGUGUGCGUAAAUAGUUCACGUUUGAAGUCGAAUGACUCUAUAGGAUCUCAACCUGAAUCUCAGAUGCUAUCGUUACACGGGUCCAGUCCGCCUUUAGUACCAGGAGUUUGUGGUCUCAAUAACUUGGGAAAUACCUGUUUUAUGAAUAGUGCUCUUCAGUGUAUGUCCAAUGUUCCUGCAUUAACCAGUUACUUCCUAAGUGGUAAAUGGAAGUCAGAACUAAAUAUACGUAAUCCACUUGGAUCUCAAGGAAGAAUUGCUACUGCUUACGCAGAUCUCAUUAAGCAGCUGUGGUCGGGGACGCGAGCAUAUGCUGUGCCUCGUGAGUUUAAGAUUGAAAUUGCACGUAUUGCUCGUCAAUUUUCUGGCUAUGCUCAACAUGACACUCAUGAACUACUUGUAUUCUUAUUGGAUGGACUUCAUGAGGACUUGAAUAGAAUACACUCCAAGCCUUAUAUAGAAGUGAAAGAUUCCGAUGGCAGACCGGAUAUUGAAGUUGCAAAUGAAGCCUGGGAGUAUUACAAGUCAAGAAAUGAUUCCAUCAUUGUAGAUCUUUUCCACGGCCAGCUGAAAUCCACCGUAAUUUGUCCUACUUGUCAACGGAAAUCAGUCACUUUUGAUCCAUUUGCUUCAUUAAUUUUGCCUAUACAAGAAGUAUACAAAUAUUCGGUACGCGUUUAUGUUUGGCCGUGGACAUCCAAUAAAUCCCAACUUCUUCUAUUAGAGUUAACACUUUCCACAAUACCUUGUGGUCAAAAUAUUAUUGAAGCAUUAGAACAAGAGCGUCCACCUCUUCCAGGCUGUCAGUAUUAUAUACCAAACAAAUCUAUAGAUCGGUCAAGGUAUGCCUCCCCGAUUGUUUAUGAACUGACUGAAGGUUUCCCGAUUCCUGUACUCUGGACAAAUGAUAACAUUGCCCAGGGUAUCAACUUCCCUGUCUAUAUUAGUUUGCCAAUAAAUGAUGGUGUUACAGGAAUGACCAUUACCGUCUCGGAAGAUAUACUUAUCAAACACAUUAUUGACCGUUUACAUGCUAUUGGUAUAAAUAGUGAACCGAUCAGUGACACAUCAAAGUUAGAGGACGAAAAUACAGAUAACUCAGUUGUUUCUUGUUCGCUAAGCAACUUUCAUAGUAAUUCCCAUCCAGAUAAAUCUCAUACAACCUCAACCGAUCUCUUUGAUCAAUCGAAACAAACCACUGAAGGUAAAAUGGGCAAUUUAGUCUCAUUACUCAAAGGACGUUUAUGUCUGAAGGAUACCAGAGGGCAUGAUUGGUUAGCUGAAUCAGAAAAUGCUUUAAUAUCUCUCCCUUGUUCUGACGUUUAUAGUAUCAUUUUAGAAUGUCAAAGUUUAGAAAUACGACGUAGACUCAAUGACAUUCGAAGUCAUGUACAACAACAUCCUGUCACACGACUUAAUGAAACUCUGAAACUUUCAGAUUGUUUCGAACGUUUUACUGACAUAGAACAAUUAGGCUCAAGAGAUCUAUGGUACUGUAGUCGUUGCAAAGCGGAGAAACCAGCUACAAAGAAAUUUGAUUUAUGGAAACUUCCUGAUGUUCUUGUAGUACAAUUAAAGCGUUUCCGAUCUCAUUUACGAUUUCAUGAUAAAAUCGAUACUUUACUGGAAUUCCCACUAACUGGCUUAAAUUUGACUUCACGCGUACUUGAAAAGAAACCAGACGAGAAAUUUAUCUAUGACUUAGUAGCUGUAAGCAAUCAUAUGGGAUAUUUGGGUGGAGGUCACUAUACAGCAUUUGCUUUAAACGCUCACACUAAUCGAUGGUACUUUUUCGACGAUUCUUCAACACGAGAAUGUGAUCCUUCCAAAAUUGUAACUAGUGCAGCAUAUGUGUUAGUUUACGUACGCCGAAAAGUUGGCUCUACGCAAAUAUACAGCACGAUCAACAGUAAUGAUGAAGAACAAGAAGAUUCUUCGUCCGAAACAGAUGAAAAUGGUCUUUCAAAUGGUGCUUUAUCUUCACAUUAUAUAACUAAAGGUUGUAUGCAAAAUAGUCGCCCUGACAACGCAAACUCAUCUUCCAAUCUUCAGGAUCAAGAUCUGAUGGAUAUUGAAUAAACGUCUUUGUCUUUUCUUUUUGUAGUUUCACUUCCUUUCAACUUAACCACAUCGCUUCGACUUAUGCAGUCACUCAUGUUUUUAUGAGUUUAUGCAUGAUUACAAUGUAUGUUAACUUGUUCAUUCUCGGUGAAUCAAGUGAAGUAAUGACAUUUAGACGUUUUUUCUGGACAAUAUCCCAGUCCCUCAUCUUAUUCUUGUUCUUCAGUUAACAUAUAAUUCUUUAUCUCCCCAGUUACUCACUUCAGUUUUAAUUUUGGUCACAAAAAGAGUUGUUUACUAUGCAGUUUGCUUUUUGCUCCA